AUGGCAUCCUCCGGACCUCUGUACCUGGGGUUUGAUCUGUCAACCCAGCAACUCAAAGGGUUGGUGGUUGACGACAGCCUCAAGAAAGUGCACGAAGCCAAGUUCGAUUUCGAUGCAGACGCCAAAGGAUUCAAUAUCACCAAAGGGGUCAUGACCAAUGAGGCCGAGCACGAGGUCUUUGCUCCAGUGGCCAUGUGGCUCCAGGCCAUUGAUGUUCUCCUCACCAGAUUAAAGGACGACGGGCUCGACUUCAAACGAAUAAAAGCGAUCAGUGGCUCGGGCAUGCAACACGGCAGUGUCUUUUGGAACGCCGAUGCUGAACAUCUACUGGCCCAACUGGACCCUAACAAGACGUUAGAGUCGCAACUCGAUGCCGCCUUCACCCAUCCCUAUAGCCCCAACUGGCAGGACGCAAGCACUCAGAAGGAAUGCGAGGAGUUUGAUGCAAUUCUCGGUAGCCAACAAGAACUGGCCAAUGUCACGGGAAGUAAAGCGCACCACCGCUUCACCGGCCCACAGAUUUUACGGUUCCAACGCAAAUAUCCGGACAAGUAUAUCAAGACGAAACGGAUCACUCUUGUUUCGUCAUGGAUCGCCACCAUUUUCCUAGGCAAGUUCGCCCCAUUCGACAUCUCGGACGUGUGUGGGAUGAACCUGUGGGACAUCAAGGCCGGGAAAUGGCAUGAGAAACUUUUGGAGUUGGCGGCCGGUCCGUCGGGUGUGGAAGCGCUGAAACAAAAGCUGGGCGAUGUGCCUGAGGACGGCGGUGCCCAUUUGGGCACCAUCUCAAAGUACUUCGUGCAACGGCACGGGUUCAGCUCCGAUUGUACCAUUAUCGCCUCCACCGGAGACAACCCGUCCACCAUUUUGUCUCUGCCGCUGCGGUCCAACGACGCCAUGGUGUCGCUGGGCACGUCGACGACCUUUCUCAUGUCCACGCCGGAAUAUAAACCAGAUCCGUCGUAUCACUUCUUCAACUCGCCCACCACGCCAGGUCUGUACAUGUUCAUGCUGUGCUAUAAAAACGGCGGCCUUGCCCGCGAGCGGGUGCGCGACGCCAUCAACUCGAAAUUGCAAGUCGCAGAAACUGACAAGACCACCUGGGCCAAUUUUGAUAAACACCUAUUAUCUACGCCGCCGUUGGCACAAGACGAGGAGAGGGCAGUCCACCAUUUGGCUCUAUAUUUCCCCCGUCCCGAAAUCAUCCCGGACCUACCUGCUGGCGAAUGGCAUUUCAGUUACGAUCCCAAGUCAGAUUCAUUGGCGCGCACCAAAUCCGUACCCCAGAGUCCCGAACAGGAUGCCCGCGUCAUCGUCGAAUCUCAAUUCUUAUCACUGCGCCUCCGCUCCCAGCACCUGGUCAAAUCCCCCGCCGCAGGUCUUCCGCCGCAGCCGCGGAGAGUGUAUCUUGUUGGCGGCGGCAGUCGCAACAAGGCCAUUGCCAAAGUCGCCGGCGAGGUCCUGGGUGGAUCCGAGGGCGUGUUUAAGCUCGAUGUCGGCGAAAACGCCUGCGCUCUCGGUGCGGCGUACAAGGCCGUCUGGGCUAUGGAGCGCACCCCAGGGGAGACCUUUGAGGAUUUUAUUGGCAAGAGGUGGCGCGAGGAUGAGUUUGUCGAGAAGAUCGCCGAUGGCUACAAUAAGGACGUCUGGGACCGAUAUGGUCUGGCUCUUAAGGGCUUUGAGGAUAUGGAGCUCACGCUGCUCGCUGAGGAGGAAGCUAAAAGGAAGAAAAAUGAGUAA